AUGAGCUCUCUUAACAAAUUAGCGAUUGACAAGCUGAACCUUGCUGGAAAACGCGUUUUGAUUCGUGUCGAUUUCAAUGUGCCUCUCAAGGAGGGUAAAAUCACAAACAAUCAGCGCAUUACCGCUGCUCUUCCAACAAUCGAGCAUGCAUUGAAAAAUGGCGCCAAGUCGGUGGUUUUGAUGUCUCAUUUGGGAAGACCAGAUGGCCGUAGACAGGAGAAAUAUACUUUGAAACCAGUUGCUGAUGAACUGAAGGCUCUUCUUAAGAGGGACAUCAUUUUCCUCAACGACUGUGUUGGAGAAGAAGUUGAGAAAGCCUGUGCUGAUCCAGCUGAUGGGUCCGUAAUUCUUCUCGAGAACCUUCGUUUCCAUUUGGAAGAAGAAGGCAAGGGAGUUGACGAUAAGGGAAACAAGAUCAAGGCGAACGCUGAUGAUGUCAAGAAAUUCCGCGAAUCGCUCACAAAAUUGGGAGACGUCUAUGUCAACGACGCUUUUGGAACUGCUCAUCGAGCCCACAGUUCGAUGGUUGGAGUUCAGCAUCAGCAACGCGCCAGCGGUUUCUUGUUGAAGAACGAGCUUUCUUACUUUAGCAAGGCUCUUGACAACCCUACGAGACCAUUCUUAGCGAUUCUUGGAGGAGCCAAGGUCGCUGACAAGAUUCAACUCAUUAAGAACAUGCUUGACAAGGUCGAUGAAAUGAUCAUUGGAGGAGGAAUGGCGUACACUUUUUUGAAGGUCUCGCAGGGAAUUAAGAUAGGAAACUCCCUCUAUGAUGAAGAGGGAGCUAAGAUUGUCAACGAGCUUUUGGAAGCUGCCAAGGCUAAGAAUGUCAAGAUCCAUCUCCCAGUUGACUUUGUAAUCGCCGACAAGUUCGCUGAGGACGCGUCUGCUAGAGUUGCGACUGCCUCCGAAGGAGUUCCAGAUGGGUUCAUGGGACUUGACGUUGGACCGGAAUCCAACAAGAUUUUCGCUGCUGCCGUGCAGCGCGCUAAGACCAUCGUCUGGAACGGACCCGCUGGGGUAUUCGAAUGGGACAAAUUCGCCAGCGGAACGAAGAGUAUUAUGGAUGAAGUUGUCAAAGCCACUCAGAAUGGAGCAAUAACUAUCAUCGGAGGAGGAGACACUGCCACUGCCGCUAAGAAGUACAAGACUGAGGAUAAGGUUUCCCAUGUGUCAACCGGAGGAGGUGCCAGUCUCGAACUUCUUGAAGGAAAGAAUCUUCCAGGAGUCGAUGCCCUUUCACCAGCUUAA